UCCUCUCAGCUUCCAUACAGCACCACCACCUGCCAGAACUGAAACUCCCCAGGACCUGCUGGGGCUCACAUUGGCUUUCAAUCCCUCUCGCUGGCCCCCAAUGAGAGAAAAGGUGGGUGCAGGUCUCUUAAGAGCUGAGGGUUAAGGGCAUUGAACUAACACCCAAACUUGUGCCCUCUGCCCCCCUCUUCCCCCCCCUCCCACAAAGAUACCUGCACCCUCCAUGCGGAGCCAAGAUGGGGAAUGGAAUCGAGGAAGAUUAUAACUUUGUCUUCAAAGUGGUGCUGAUCGGUGAGUCAGGCGUGGGCAAGACCAAUCUGUUGUCCCGAUUCACUCGCAAUGAGUUCAGCCACGACAGUCGCACCACCAUCGGAGUUGAGUUCUCUACCCGCACCAUAAUGCUGGGCACCGCUGCAGUCAAGGCACAGAUCUGGGACACAGCUGGCCUGGAGCGAUAUCGAGCCAUCACCUCUGCGUACUAUCGUGGAGCAGUGGGGGCCCUCCUGGUGUUCGAUCUAACCAAGCACCAGACGUAUGCCGUAGUAGAACGCUGGCUGAAGGAGCUCUAUGACCACGCCGAGGCCACUAUUGUUGUUAUGCUGGUAGGGAACAAAAGUGACCUUAAUCAGGCCCGGGAGGUGCCUACUGAGGAGGCCCGAAUGUUUGCAGAAAACAAUGGGCUACUAUUCCUGGAAACUUCAGCCCUGGACUCCACCAAUGUUGAGCUGGCCUUUGAGACUGUCCUCAAAGAGAUUUUUGCGAAGGUGUCCAAGCAGAGGCAGAAUAGCAGCCGGACCAAUGCUAUUGCCCUGGGCAGUGCCCAGCCUGGCCAGGAGCCUGUCCCUGGGGAGAAAAAGGCCUGUUGCAUCAGCCUCUGAUCUUUGCCAUGGUCAACCCUGUUCCUGGAACCUUCUGGUCCCCUCCCACCCCCAGCCAAUACAGGACAUUUUCCUGACCUUUAGUUCCCUGAUCACAGAGACUCAGAGCCCUAGGGUCUUCAUGUCCCACCACACCCAUCUAUCAUCUGUCCACCCCUUCGAAUAAAGCUGUUUUGUACCCAU